GCACAAACAUAACCUAUAAUCACGUGGAUUUGAAACUGGUGUGUGUGUAUUGCUGAAAAAAACGGAAACAACAAAUGGUUUUUCAGGAAUUAUGAGUUGAGAUCGAUCUGAAAGUGCUGCAGUGAACUUCGUUCGUGGCCAAUUGGCUUCGUUGCAUCAGGAAAAUGGAGGAGCCCAAAAAGAAGAAGAAAUCGAAGAAGAGCGACAAAAAGAAGCGAAACGAUUCAGAUGUGGAGGUAAAGGUGAAGGAUGAAGAAGUUUCCAUGAUACAGACGGAAGAAGCUGGACUUAACAAUAAUGAUACACACAAGAAGACGGGGAAGAGAAAAAGUAAACACAUUGAAUGUCCAGUGAAUGAGAAGAGGAUUAAAGUUGAGGAGACGAGUGAGAUUGAAGAUGAGGAUGCGCCGGAUUGCAGUUACAAAGGCGAGGAGGAUGUCCGGAUAGCAGCUGAAGGAUGGGAGAAUGUUGAUGUUAAUGAUUUGUUUGAUUUUGAUCAGGAGCUCUCAUCGGAUGAUGAGGUUUAUUAUUUGAGGGUUUCGGAAAAGUUGGAUCCGCUUUCGCUGGUCGGUCGGAAACUUGCGUUUAAGGAAAACAAAUCGUUGGAUAUUGACGGUGAUGAGUUUAAAGUUAAUUUCGAUGGAAACAAUGCGCCGAAACUGAAUUUGUUCGCGCAGAAAUCGGGCGGUUUGGAUGUGCGGCAUGUUCAGACGUCCGGUUGUUUUACGAUUAAUCCGGAGACGGAGCUCGAGGACGUUAAGUGUUUUGUAUCCAAGCAGAAAGCGAGCACGGUACCUGAGUUCCCAAACAGUUUGCUGAAGCAGAGGCAUCCUCUGUUCGGUAUACAGUAUGAAGAGAAAAUUAAUCUUGAUAAAGACAUCGUUUCGAAACUGGAAGCUUCCAAGUCUGCCCCGAAGUCAUCCAGCAAGAAGAAGUCGAAAAAGAACAAAUCGGUGUGCAACGAGGACAUUUUUACCAUGCUAUCCCAUCACAAGAGUUAAGAAUUUGUGGAAGACUUGAAGUGUCUUGUUUAUUUGGAAGUUUUUUUUCUUUUCUUUAUCCUUCGUUUUUAAUGUACAUUUGAAUAUACCGAUGUAAUUUUAAGCCAAGGAAGGCGUAAUUUUAAGAUAAUUAAAUUUAUAUAUAAAAC